GUGACUUGGGGCUUAGAAUAGUAAAAACUUCAGAAACUCCAUUGGUCAUUUGGAGUUUGGUAGGGGUGGUCUUCUUUGUCUUGAAACAAUCUCUCUUUGUCUGACUUUGUCUCUCCUCAUCGGGUUUUUCUUUAUUUCUGGUAGGUGUUGUUGAAGUUUUGCUUUGAUUUUCUAGUGUGUUGAUUUGGGUUGGGUUGAAAUGGAGGAAAAGUAUGAGGCAUUGAAAGAAAUUGGUGCUGGGAAUUUUGGGGUGGCAAGGCUUGUCAAAAACAAAAAGACAAACGAGCUUCUUGCUGUCAAAUACAUAGAAAGAGGGAAGAAGAUUGAUGAGAAUGUUCUGAGGGAAAUCAUAAAUCACAGAUCACUGAGGCAUCCAAACAUUGUCAGGUUCAAGGAGGUAUUGUUAACUCCAACACAUUUGGCUAUAGUCAUGGAAUAUGCAGCUGGUGGUGAGCUUUUUGCAAGGAUUUGCAGUGCUGGUAGAUUUAGUGAAGAUGAGGCACGGUUUUUCUUCCAGCAACUAAUAUCUGGAGUCAGCUACUGUCAUGCUAUGGAAAUUUGUCACAGAGACCUGAAACUGGAAAACACUCUCUUGGAUGGAAGUCCAGCACCACGUCUUAAAAUAUGUGACUUUGGUUAUUCCAAGUCUGGUUUGUUGCAUUCACAACCCAAAUCAACAGUAGGAACACCUGCAUACAUUGCCCCGGAGGUUCUGUCACGAAAGGAAUAUGAUGGGAAGAUUGCAGACGUAUGGUCCUGUGGUGUGACGUUGUAUGUGAUGUUGGUUGGAGCAUACCCAUUUGAAGAUCCUGAAGAUCCCAGAAAUUUCCGUAAAACCAUUGGGAGAAUAAUGACUGUUCAAUACUCCAUACCCGACUAUGUACGCGUGUCUGCAGAUUGUAGGCACCUCCUCUCUCAUAUUUUUGUCGCAAAUCCCUCAAAGAGGAUCACACUCCCUGAAAUAAAAAAGCAUCCUUGGUUCUUGAAAAAUAUGCCAAAAGAGCAAACGGAAGGUGAGAAAACAAACUUGGAUGAAGCAGAUGGUGACCAGAGCGUUGAAGAAAUAAUGCAGAUCAUCCAAGAGGCAAAGAUCCCUGGGGAAGCAUCCAAAGCAGAAGGGCAAGCUGCUUCUGGUUCACUUGACCCCGACGAUGGUGACAUUGAUUUGGAGUCUGAAAUUGACUAUAGUGGUGAUUUUGUGGCUCCUCUGUGAGUAUUGCUCUUUCUGUUUGGAGUGAUAAGUGUGUUGUUUUCACAAUGUUUCAUCAUGUAUUUGUAAGUUGGGUAUGAUGUACAUACAAUGGACCAUAUGCCACUCACAAGAGAUCGGACCUGGAGGAAUAGAAAAUACUCUCAUUCAUCCAAGCGAGUUGAGAAGCAGUUUCGACAAAAUGGAAGUAAGAUUGUCGACUACUUCCCGUUUUUAGACACUGUUAUAGGAUGAUUCUUCUUGUGUAUCGAAUAUGAC